UUAUGGACAACAUACAGAAGCGACUGCCAAUGAGCUCCGCCGAGUAGGACGGGGGCAGGGCCAGCGCUUAAAGGAGCCGCGACCCCUUUGCAGACCAGAGGGUGACCCGGAUGAUGGCGGCCGGCGCGGCCCUAGCCCUGGCCUUGUGGCUACUAAUGCCACCAGUAGGGGUGGGAGGGGCGGGGCCCCCGCCAAUCCAGGACGGUGAGUUCACGUUCCUGUUACCGGCGGGGAGGAAGCAGUGUUUCUACCAGUCCGCGCCGGCCAACGCAAGCCUCGAGACCGAAUACCAGGUAGAGGGUCGCGGGCUGGGUAGCCAGCAGAGUCAGGGAGAGGGGGCGUGGCCAAGCGGCCAAGGCGAGGCGCGCUUUAGGAGGAAGGGGGAGGAGUCCGUGCUUGGGAGCGCGGGGGCGGAGCUAGAAAGAGAUGGACAGAUGGGGCGGGGACGGUGUGUGGGAGCGGAAGGGGAGGGAGUAAUGAAGAAGGCGGGGCUAGGGUAAGAGAUCCAGAGGGGGCGGGGCCAUCGAUAAGUAUAGGGAGCCUCUGAGAGGGCAGGACUCUCGCUAGUGGGCGUGGCGAUAAUGCUGAUAGGUCAACUACGGGGGCGUUGCCGACACAGGCCUUUCUCGGGGGUUAGACUAAGGAAAAAGGCUGGGCCUAUCCUCUUUCGGAGGCGGAGCCAACCAGGGGCGUGGUCAGGUAAACGUCCAUUAAGUACUUUUGAUAGGUGCGUGGUCAGCUGAAAGUAUGGACCCCAAGCUGUCAUAUCAAUGAAGGUGGAGGCAAGGGGCGCAGCCACUGGGACAGGUUGGGGCAGGUGUGGGUGUGCCGUCGUUCAGGUGAUCGGAGGUGCUGGACUGGACGUGGACUUCACGCUGGAGAGCCCUCAGGGCGUGCUGUUGGUCAGCGAGUCCCGCAAGGCUGAUGGGGUACACACGGUGGAGCCAACGGAGGCCGGGGACUACAAGCUGUGCUUUGACAACUCCUUCAGCACCAUCUCCGAGAAGCUGGUGUUCUUUGAACUGAUCUUUGACAGCCUCCAGGAUGACGAGGAGGUCGAAGGAUGGGCAGAGGCUGUGGAGCCCGAGGAGAUGCUGGAUGUUAAAAUGGAGGACAUCAAGGAGUCCAUUGAGACCAUGCGGACCCGGCUGGAGCGCAGCAUCCAGAUGCUCACGCUACUGCGGGCCUUCGAGGCACGUGACCGCAACCUGCAAGAGGGCAACUUGGAGCGGGUCAACUUCUGGUCAGCUGUCAACGUGGCAGUGCUGCUGCUGGUGGCUGUGCUGCAGGUCUGCACGCUCAAGCGCUUCUUCCAGGACAAGCGCCCGGUGCCCACGUAGCCCCUGCCAUGGAAGGAAGAACGGGACGAAGGAGGGGCAGCAGGCGGGCAGGGAACACCUCUGGCUUGUAGAAGGGACGGCUCAGCGGCUGUACCGACGGUCCUGGAAAUCUCACAUGGUGGGCACUGCAGCGUUGGAACGUGAGCCUCGGAUUUUCUGGCCCCUCUACUGUAAAUGUGCCUUAGCCUAAGCCUCCCAUCCUGUGUUAGCGUUGCCUGGUGCGGGGCAGGGCCUAACAAGGAAACCUGGGCCCUCCAAGCCAGGUUGAGGUCUGGUAACAGAAUGCCAGGAAGGGGGCCUGGAAGACCACCUGCCCUGGCCCCUCUCCUGCAGGGGCCCCACACAGGCAUGAGGGAUGGCCCGGCCAAAGUCUAGGCAGAAGCCUCCUGGAACAAAGAGUGGUGUGGCCUGGGCAUUGGAGUCAAUAAAUUAUGGUCAGAAAAUCA